CGUGAAGGCAGAAGAACCAGAGACACAGUCUGGGAACUUGACAAAGCCGCUACGCCGUAACCAUUUGGCUAUUCACAUUCAGUCAAUACAGCGCCUGCCAAUAAGUUUUGGGGACAGGUUCAUCUCGUGGGGAACUUACUGUUAAGGAAACGAAGUGAGUCUUGCGACAGCCUGCGGUGUCGCAAUCUACCACUCCUGUUCAGCUCAAGUAUUGAUUACUGCAUGCAAUAUUCCGCUGCUAGCGUCAAACGCGAUUGAUAGUAAACGCCCUUAUCAAGGUCGUAGAAAUGAAGCUAUUAGGCAUGAGCAUGGAGAGCGAAAAGGUUCCUAAGGGGAAGCAAUACAUGAUUUCGACAAGGGAGAAUAGCGAAUACAAAUGGCAAAACGAACCAGGCAUCAUCGGAGCCCUCGAGGUCCCUUCACAACCCGGACUCAAUCUACAAGAAGAAUAUAUACAACGCACUAUUGAAGGGAAAAAAGAGGCCUUCGCUGCGGCCUUACGAGUGUGGGAACACUGGAAACUCCGAGACGAAUUCAUCCGAGCAUGUGAAAAUGUUCCCAAAGAGACUUGCUGUUGUGGGCUGGUCCCGGACGACGAUAGUACGAUGAAAUCGAUGAUUCCUGCCUUGAACAAGGGUUGGAUGAAGGCCGUGAAUGAACGAUUGUCAAAAGAUGGCAAAGACUUUCAUUUGGACUCGUUCGUUUGGAACUGGCACAACGCUGUUGGUAAAUCCGAGACGAAUGUACUGAUGAUUCGGUUUCAUGAAGGGAAUGUAGAGCCUUCCUCCUGGGGAUUGAAUCAUGACAGAUAA